AUGGCGUGGUUAAGGUUGCAACCUGUCACCUCAGCCUUCCUCCGCUUUGGCCUCAUUACCUUUGUACUGUUUUUACAUGGUCUGCAGGUGGACGCUGGCACAGGGGCAGUUUCCCCCAUCAUAGGACAGAAUGACACAUGCUCAGGUUCUUCUGAGUGCAAGGAAGGUGUCAUCUUGCCAAUAUGGUACCCAGAAAACCCAUCUCUCGGGGACAAAAUUGCCAGGGUUAUUGUUUAUUUUGUUGCACUGAUCUACAUGUUCCUGGGAGUUUCGAUCAUUGCUGAUCGCUUCAUGGCAUCCAUAGAAGUCAUUACUUCACAAGAGAAAGAGGUCACAAUCAGGAAAUCUAAUGGAGAAACUACUACAACCACCAUCCGAGUGUGGAAUGAAACUGUUUCCAAUUUGACCCUCAUGGCUCUUGGUUCCUCUGCUCCUGAGAUUCUUCUGUCAUUGAUAGAAGUAUGUGGUCAUGGGUUUGUUGCUGGUGAGCUAGGGCCUUCUACCAUAGUUGGCAGUGCAGCUUUCAAUAUGUUCAUCAUUAUCGCCAUCUGCGUCUAUGUCAUUCCUGAUGGAGAGACUAGAAAGAUAAAACACUUGAGGGUUUUCUUUGUCACAGCUGCAUGGAGCAUCUUUGCGUAUAUUUGGUUGUACAUGAUCCUUGCAGUCUUCUCUCCAGGUGUGGUCCAGGUAUGGGAAGGCCUACUCACUUUGUUUUUCUUCCCUGUUUGUGUCAUCCUGGCUUGGAUAGCAGACAGAAAGCUUUUCCUUUACAAGUAUAUGCACAAAAGGUACCGUACUGACAAGCACAGAGGUAUUAUAAUUGAGACGGAAGGGGAUCACCCCAAGGGGAUUGAAAUGGAUGGUAAGAUCAUGAACUCCCACUUUCUGGAUGGAAACCUGGUGCCUAUGGAAGGGAAAGAAGCAGAUGAAUCUCGCAAAGAGAUGAUCCGGAUCCUCAAAGACUUGAAGCAAAAGCAUCCAGAAAAAGACUUGGACCAGCUAGUGGAGAUGGCCAAUUACUAUGCUUUGUCUCAUCAGCAAAAGAGCAGGGCAUUCUAUCGGAUUCAGGCUACCAGGAUGAUGACUGGAGCAGGCAAUAUUCUGAAAAAGCAUGCAGCUGAGCAAGCCAAGAGGAGCGUUAGCCUGCACGAAGUGCGGCCAGAGGAACCUGAAGAAUUCAUUUCAAAAAUUUAUUUUGAUCCUUGCUCCUACCAGUGUCUUGAGAACUGUGGUGCUGUCCUCCUAACCAUUGUUCGGAAAGGAGGGGACAUUUCCAAGACAAUUUAUGUGGACUAUAAGACAGAAGAUGGUUCUGCAAAUGCUGGGGCUGACUAUGAGUUUACAGAAGGUACAGUUGUUUUGAAGUCAGGAGAGAUCCAAAAAGAGUUUUCAAUAGGGAUCAUUGAUGACGACAUCUUUGAGGAAGAUGAGCAUUUCUUUGUGCGCCUCAGUAACCUCCGGGUGGUUGAAACGGAUGACCCUCCUGAGCUCAACAACUUGCCAUAUCCCAAGGCCAUACUUGCCUCUCCCUGCGUGGCUACUGUGACUAUUUUGGAUGAUGACCAUGCGGGCAUCUUUACCUUUGAAUGUGAUGUGAUACAUGUCAGUGAGAGCAUUGGAGUGAUGGAGGUGAAAGUCCUUAGGACCUCUGGUGCCCGAGGCACAGUCAUAGUCCCCUUUAGAACAGUUGAAGGGACAGCAAAAGGAGGGGGAGAGGAUUUUGAAGAUGCUUACGGUGAGCUGGAGUUCAAGAAUGAUGAAACUGUCAAAACUAUUCACAUCAAGGUAAUUGAUGAUGAGGAGUAUGAGAAAAACAAGACUUUCUUCAUUGAGCUGAUGGGCCCACGCAUGGUGGAUAUGAGUUUACAGAAAGGUGUAGUACUGAAUAAGUGGGGGGGAUUCCCCCCCACUUGUCAGCUGAUACUGGGCCAGCCCAGUGGAAGAAGGGCUCAUGAUCAGGACUGCCCUAAACCACCAUCAGUUUCGAGUCGUGAGGAGGAGGAGCCACACAAGGAAGCUCUGACAAUGGAAGAGGAGGAAGCCAAGCGGAUUGCAGAAAUGGGAAAGCCAAUACUGGGCGAGCAUCCCAAACUGGAGGUCAUCAUUGAAGAGUCCUAUGAAUUCAAGAGUACGGUGGACAAGCUGAUCAAGAAGACAAACCUGGCCUUGGUUGUAGGGACACAUUCCUGGCGGGACCAGUUCAUGGAAGCCAUUACUGUCAGUGCAGCAGGAGAUGAAGAUGAAGAUGAGUCUGGUGAGGAGCGUCUGCCCUCUUGCUUCGACUAUGUCAUGCACUUCCUGACUGUCUUCUGGAAGGUGCUCUUUGCCUGUGUCCCGCCCACUGAAUACUGCAAUGGCUGGGCUUGCUUUAUUGUGUCCAUCUUGAUUAUUGGCAUGCUCACCGCCAUCAUUGGAGACCUAGCUUCUCAUUUUGGCUGCACUAUUGGCCUUAAGGACUCAGUGACGGCUGUUGUCUUUGUGGCCUUUGGUACUUCAGUUCCAGACACUUUUGCUAGCAAAGCAGCCGCCGUCCAAGAUAUGUAUGCAGAUGCUUCCAUUGGCAAUGUCACAGGCAGUAAUGCUGUCAACGUCUUCUUGGGCAUUGGACUGGCGUGGUCAGUGGCCGCCAUCUACUGGGCUUCCAAGGGACAGGAGUUCCACGUGUCCGCAGGCACUCUCGCCUUCUCUGUAACGCUGUUCACUAUCUUUGCUUUCGUCUGCAUCAGCAUCCUGCUGUACCGAAGACGGCCUCACCUUGGAGGGGAACUAGGAGGCCCCAAAGGGUGCAGACUUGCCACGACUUUGCUCUUUGUGAGCUUGUGGCUACUGUACAUUUUGUUUGCCACCCUGGAAGCCUAUUGCUACAUCAAAGGAUUUUAAGCUCAGAAGAAGAUGAUCAAGUUGGAAGG